CGGGUCCAUGGGGCGCAGGCGGCGGCGGGCGCGGGCCGGGCGGGCGCUGGGGCUGGCGGGGGCCGCCGUGGGGCUGGCCGGGCUGGGGCUGGUGCUGGCGGCCUGCGCCUGGGCCCGGAGCCCCCCGAGGGAGCUGCCGGAGGAGAUGCCGGGCGCGCUGGAGCUGCUGGCGCCUGCUGUUGGCCGCAGCCCCCAGGGCUGGUUCCAGCACCACCUGGACCAAGGGGCGGCGCCGCGGGAGAGGAGAUCGGCGUCCAAGGGGAAGAAGCCUUGCAAGAAACCUGUUGCUGCGCACUAUAAAGUGCAAUUGCCAAAGGACCCAGCUGGGAUCAACUCAGGGCCUGACGGGACCAUCCGGGGCUGGGAGGAGACGACGCUCAACACCACGAGACCCUUGAACUACAAUCCGGCCAGCGGGGAAUUCAGCGUCCUCCAGAAGGGUCUGUACUACCUGUACUGCCAGGUGCAUUUCAACGAGGGGCGGACGGUGUACAUCAAGCUGGACGUGCUGGUGGACGGGGUGCUGGCCCUGCGGUGCCUGGAGCAGUUCCCCCCGACCAGCGCUGGCCCGCAGGACCCCGAGCUGCACGUGUGCCAGGUCUCUGGGCUCCUGCUCCUCCAGAAACAAUCCGUCCUGCGCCUCCGCACCCUCCGCGACGUGCGGCUCAAGGCCGAGCCCUAUCUCACCUUCUUUGGGCUCUUCCAGUCCCCAGCUCUCAUGGCCGGGGCCCCGGGGUGCCAGGCUCUGGGGGGGCUGUGGCUGGGGGGGGCCGCGGCCCUGGGGGUGCUGGCCUGUCUCAUCACCCUGAUGGCCCAGCAGGCCCAACUGGGAGCCCUGCAGGGGGAACUGACCCAGCUCCGGGGGGAGCUGGUGGCCGCCAGAAGGGGAGAGAAUCAGGGGCCCGGGGAGCUGGAGCCCCCCCUGGCUGCGGGGGUCCAGCCCCCCCUGGUUUGGCGAAGGGGCAAACGGGGCUCCGAGGGGAGCUCAAGGCAGCAGGAUCAGCGGCAGCAGCACAGGAAACGCUCGGUUCUGCACCUGGCCCCCAGCCAUCGCUCCACCAACAAUGAGGGGGACAUGACUGAGAUCUGGUGGCAGCCGUUCCUGCAGCAGGGCCGGGCGCUGGAAGUGAGCGGCCCGGACGUGACCGUGAAGCAGACGGGCUUGUACCUCGUCUACAGCCAGGUGCUGUUCCACGACCCCACGUUCACCAUGGGGCAGGUGCUGUGGCGGGCGUCGGCCGGGGGGCCGGGGCAGAUCCUGCUGCGGUGCGUGCAGAGUAUGCCCCGCGAGCCGGAGCAGGCUUACAACAGCUGCUACAGCGGAGGCGUUUUCCAGCUGCACCGUGGGGACCAGCUGAGUCUCCGUGUGCCCCGGGCCAACGCGUCCCUGGACCUCAGCCCGCACGGGACCUUCCUGGGCCUGGUCCGUCUGUAGGGGGCCGGCCACCCCCCCUCCCCGCCCCC